GCUUUGCUCUCAUCCCAGCUGAAGUGCAAGCUGGAGAGGUUCUGGAGGCUCGUUUGCUACUACCUAGGGUAGGAGGGCUGGCGGUAUUCACUUCAGUGCCCCUCUGCAGCCCUUUGGCGUGUUAUCUGUCUUAUUGCUUUGGCCUUGGUAACUGCAGUCCGCUGAGCGUGCAGCAAGGAGGUGCAGCACGGGAUUUCAGCACCGGAGCUGUCCAUUCCUAGCAGUGAAGUGCAGUCUGCAGCACAAAUUACACCGUAUCAGUUUCACUACGGCACGACACGUCCUUGUUUGUGGAAGACUGGAUUCCAGAUUUAUGGGUUAUAUUUAUUCUACAAGAAGACAAGCUGCACAUUGAAAUGCUAUUUUGACUUUUCUAAAUCUGAACGAGAGAAAGCAAGCCAGAGCAACACUUAAAAAAGUCAGCCAUGGGGGUGCUGAUGUCUAAGAAGCAGAGUGUGGAGAAGGUUCAGAAGGUCAGCGUGGUGGUGUCUGCCUUCAAGGAAGGUCUGAAGGACAGACCCCCACCAGCCCGCAGACCUGAGGCUGCAGAGGCCGUUGAGGAGAAGCCCGUCGAGAGUGCAGCCGUGCAGGAGGAGGUGCAGGUGAAGCAGGGGCCCUCCACCACCCAGUCUCUUCCCAGGGAAGAGGGCAAAGACAAUGAGGCUGCCUGGUCCAGACUGCGGGACGGACGGGGGGUGGAGCCAGAGGAGUUGGAAAGAGCCAAUCAGCUCACCCCUCCGGCCUUCGUCAGGCCAAAACGAGACGUCAACGACGAUAAAGCCAUAGACAUCAGACUGGAGCAGUGGGAGCAGCCUGUGAAUGAUGAGAUGUGUGAGAUUUGCGAGGUGUGGACCGCGGAGGACCUCUAUCCCUGUCGUGUCUGUACCCGGGUGUUCCACGACGGCUGCCUGCGGGAAAUGGGCUACCUGCGCAAUGACAGUGUGCAGGAGAUCACCGAGACGGCACACACCUCCAUGGGCUGGAGCUGCUACUACUGUGACAACAUCAACCUGCUGCUGACAGAAGAGGAGGUGUACAGCCUCAUGGAGACCUUCAAGCAGUGCAAAAUAAUCCCAGAGUCCAGCCUGGGGUCUGAUGACUUCCUCAGCUACAAGCACUUUGUGUCGAGGCAGCUGUUCGACGAGCAGAUGACUGAAGAGAUGGAGGAGCUGGAACUGGGGCAGUUCUCUGCCCUGGACUCUGAGAAGAGGGGGCAGAUCGAGUGGGCGGACUUCCUGUACCAUGAGUCCAUCAGGGUGCUGGAGAAGUUCCGCAGCCAGAACUCUCUGGUGCGUUUGCUGACUGCGAAGGAGAGGGAGCGAGCGAGGGCCUCCUUCACUGCCCUCGACCAGGACAAGGACGGCCUCAUCACAGGGGGCGAGUCAAAGAAAGCACAGCACACCUGGUUCCGCAAGCACACCAAGGAGUCCCAGUCCUGCAAUGUGAGACUUGUUGGACUGUGUUCACCUGUGUUGAAUUUCAGCAUCAGCCAUGUGGGUCCGAUAUCUGAGAGCAGCCCGGCAAGCUCUGGCAGCGGGAAGAGCCGAGAUCAGGAUGAAAACAGACAAGUGGACUGGCUGGAGUUUCUGAAGGAAAAUGCCAUCUACAUCUUGGCAGCUCGUCCAAACAGCGGGGCUGUGCACCUGCGGCCGCCACUGUAACCCAGAGGAGGCUGCUCAAGACCUGAGGAAGAGAUAACUCCACAUGCUCCAGCACAGGAAAAUGCAAGGAACACAAACAAACAAGCGAAGAAAAAAGGCACAACUUACACAGGCAUUUCUGUUCACUGCAAGGAGGCUGCAACCUGCAUAUUAAUUUGAGAUUCAAGUUAAAUAUUGACUGAUUGCUUUAAUGAGUGUGCUGGCCGGGGCCAGCACAGGUACAAAAGCUAACGGAAACAUUACUGUAUGUAUCUUUUAUUUAUGUGUUCAUUUAUUUAUUCUGACAUGGGUCGAUUUGUCUGUGCCACCCAAGUCUAGCACAGUUGUAUCUCAUUAGCACAGACGCUAAAUCCAAGAGAAACAGAACAUCCAUUAGAACCCAUUUUAUAUGAAAAACUGGUAAAUUGUCAUGUAAAUGCCUGUUUGAUUUGAUACUGUUGAAGGUUGGGAGAAAACGAUUGCUGUAGUGAUUCAGAUAAAGGGGGUUUACUGUAGACGUGAGUGAAGACACAUAUAAAAUAACAUUAACCUUCACACUGCUUGUGUCAUAUAUACAUAUUUAUAUAUACAUGUAUAUCUUUCUCAGAACCUCGCUGUUUGUGAAAAAAUGAAAUGUGACUGCUUAUGAAACCCAAUUUAAAACAGACCCCUGUAGAAUAUAUAU